CCGGUGAGUCAGCAGUAGCCGGGCGGAAGAGGCGCUGCUGCGGCCGGGAAAUACUUCCCCAGGAACAGGAGCAGAAGCAAGGCUAGGGGAGGCGGGCGCCAUGUUUCAGUUUCUGCUCGGCUUUGCUCUUGGCAAUGUCGUUGGGAUGUAUCUGGCUCAGAACUAUGAUAUCCCUGACCUUGCAAAGAAACUUGAAGAUAUUAAAAAAGAUGUGGAAGCUAAGAAGAAACCACCUAGUAACUAAUCCUAAGCCAACAGUGUUGUCUGGAUCUACUACAUACAGUCUUUAAGGACAUUAUUUCCCCUUCAGAUGACAAAUACUAGUUGGAAAUGUAGCUUUUGGGGGAUUUCCUCCACUUCUGCUUUCUCAGAAGCUGGAUAUCCUGGAGUUGAAGUAUGAGCAGAAAAUUUGCUCUGGGACCUACCAUCAUGUGUUUCAGGAAUUCUGAUUCUCAGCUGAUGCGUGACUGGAAAACAUAGUUUGUUUUUUCCUGUUGUAGUUUCCUAAUAUUUUAUAUUCAGUUUUUUAAUUUGUUAAACUGGAGAUCAGUAAAAAUUCUACAACUACCCCUACCUAGAAUUUUAAUUUCUUUCUGCAAUAUUUUAAGAAUUUAAAAGGAACUUGUCAAAUUAGCUCUUAAAGAAUCCUUUUAACUUA